GCAUCGCUCGAGCAAAUCUCGUUCGCCUCUGGUUCUUGAUAUUCCCAGCACUGGAAACAUGUAAAAUUCUCUGUUGUCUCGUCAAGCCUUUAAUUUCAAAAUGACGAGCAAAAUCGCGACGAGUUUCACGAGCCAAAUGCAAGCCUGGUUGCGCACCGAAUCAAGUCGAUGGACGCUGUUUAGCGUCAUAGUCGGACUCCUAAUUGCAGAUGUGUCGUACAUAUGGUUGACGAAGUUCAAACUAUCAAAAGCAAGACUUGACGAUGUUUCAGCUGUGUCGACUGAUCCAGGACUGCUGAAAAAGAGCAGCAGAUAUGAGUCCUAUACAACACCUUCCGGUCAUGUCUAUCCACGAAUACGUACCUUCUACAAUGAGCACCCUCACGCGAAAAAGCUGCCGGCGAAUCUGCCCCUGCUGGUGUUCAUGCAUGGUCUCGGCGGAUCGAUCGCUCAAUUCGCGCCGCUUCUGACGACCCUUGUGAACACAGCGCCAUGUCUGGCCAUCGAUCUGCCCGGCUGCGGUCUUUCAGCUUUCAAGCCAAACACUCUGGAUGCGUACACAACAAAAUCAUUCGCAGAGCUGUUGUAUGUAGCAAUCGAUCGAUUCCGCAACAAGGAUGUCGACCAAAAGGUGGUGCUCAUUGGCCACUCGAUGGGAUGCUCAAUAUCAGCCCUCUUAGCAUCGUCAUCAUCACCCCUGGCACAUCUCUGCUCUGAGCAUAUACUGGGUAUGAUCGCGAUAUGUCCCCGAUCAUCACCACUAUCGCCUCACGAUCUAUCCUCCAUUCAUAGAUUAAACCGCAUACCAUCGUGGCUGUUCGACAUGAUGCGAAUGAUUGACAGGCGCGGCGGACUUGACAGUGUUAGCGUUGCUAGAGUUGUCGGCAAAGACGCCGACCUGAUGACGAAAAGAUUACAAUUGCAGUACAAUCUUCAAUCGAAGACACCAGUCUUCCAGAAGUUCUGUCUUGGUAUGCAUUUGAUGGAGACGAGGACCGCCGCAAGCGGUGAGAAAAGUCUCUUGAGCGAGCGCGUAUGGUCGGGAAUCAAGGUGCCCUUGUAUCUGGUAGCAGCCGAAAGUGACAAGCUAGCACCACCCAAGAACGUUGAACAAAUUGCGGAAUGGUUGACGGACAGCCAAGGCUCGAGUACUCGUCCAAAACAAGCAGCGGGGGAUGAAGAUAUUGCCCCCGAUGAUGAACAGCCGCAGAACGGCUCCGUGCAGCCGCUUGCAGUAGCUGGAGAUGUCCAAAUCGCCCAUGAACAGCUUGCCGAGUUUCAUCUGGACCAACCUUCUUUGGCCAACAGCACAGAUAUGCAGAAUGAGAAUACAUCCACCAAGCAUUCUUUCACGCUGAAAACGACUAUCUUUCCAGCUCCAGCCUCUCACGGUCUCCUCUACGACGCUGCUGACGUUCGCAUCCUUUCCGGCCUGAUCGAGAAUUUCGCAGGUAAACAUCUCGACCCUCGCCUCUCGCCCGGCUGGCAACUACAGUUCCUCACCACAAGCGGCAAAUGGGAUGUCAAAAAUCUCGCGAAGUGGCAAUCCAUCAUACCAUGCUCCGAUCCCAUCGCGGGGGUCUUCCGCGCAAUGAAGACGAUGCGAGAGGUCGACCCCGAGCACUGUCCUGCGCGAUUCGUCGAGAAAUUCGGCGCCUCUGUCUUGCCCGACGGUGUGGCCAUGGUCCUCGACAUCAGCCACGAGUCACCCGUGUAUGAUAAAACAGGUCUCGAACGCGCCGGAGUAGAGUAUCACAAAUUUCCCACCGUCUCGAAACUUCCACCCACAGCGGCCGAAGUCGAGCAAUUUCUCUCCCUGGUCGAUGGCCUUCGCCAAGCGCCCUGCAUGCAGCCAUCAGAGGAUGGAUCAAGGCGACCGACGAUCGGUGUGCACUGCCAUUAUGGUUUCAACAGGACGGGGUUCUUCAUCGUUAGUUAUCUCGUGGAGAGAUUGGGUUACAAGCUAGAUGAUGCCGUGGCGGAGUUUGCGCAGAAGAAAGCGCCUGGCAUCAAACAUGAAUAUUUCGUCAAUGAGUUGUAUGUGCGCUAUGCGGUCAAGAUGGACAGGAGAGGGACAAUUGUUGGUUAG